UCCUAAUAUUUGACAAGCAAGCAUGGUGCCGGGUGUCAACACAAUUUAGGGGAUAUUAAGUACACAAGAUGCAGAUGUUACUUCAUGGCAGCAACAGUUUCGUGACGGUGGAAGACGGAGAGCAGCGCGUUGGUGGCACUUUUUGUUCCGUUUAGAUUCUUAAAGACACAGUCAGUCUAUUUCCUCGUUUUAGUAGCCUACUUAUAACAGUUAAAAACAGGCUACUCAGUCACCAUGUUACGUCUCUUCACUGCUCAGAGUUUUUCUGAACUCUGGAAAUGCAGUCAUUUUGUUGCAUCCUGUGUUGCCAAGAGGCGAGGCAUGAGUUUGCUCCCAGUCAGCAGCGCCGGUGACCACCGACUACACAUCCAUGCUCGCCACUUCACCACUGGGACCCCAGCUUGGAAAGACGCCCUCCCUCCUAGCAGAGAUGACUCCGAGGACAUACACACACUCGAUGUGGACAAAUGGAAAUCUGUGAUGAGAGCCCAAGCGGCGUCAGAAGAGAAACGAGUCACGGAUGAUGAGGAGGCAAGUGAUGGUGAUGAUGAUAACCUCACAGGUGCGGAUUUAAAGGGCAGUUCAUCACUGGAGGCAACUCGAGAUCUGGUUGCGAUGUGGCGGCUGGCUGGGAAGCUUGUACCUCAAGAGAUGACUGAUGAAGAGGUUCAGACGCUGGCAGAUCUCACCACAAAGUCCGCCAGGAGGAAGUACCUGAAGUACCUGGCCUUAAAGGAGGGCCACAAAAGGGCCCGUAAGAAGAAGCAGGAGCAGAAGAAGGUAGAGAGGGAGCAGAGAAGAGUAAAUUACAGUGAUGGUGACAAAGAGAAAAGACCUCAGCUUAAAAACACAAUGUUCCUCCAAUUCUGGGACCGCUCCCUGGACAAGCACCUGGCCUGGAGGAGCGCCCAGGCCAUGCUGUUCGGUCAGCCGCUGGUGUUUGACAUGAGCUAUGCUUCCAGCAUGGGCAGGCGGGAGUUGGAGAACACGGUGUCCCAGCUGCUGGAGGUGGAAGCGUGGAAUCGGCGUGCCGUUGAACCCUACCACCUUCACUUUUGCAACCUGCAGACGGACGGGGCCUAUCACAAAGAGCUGGUCAAACGAUACGGUGCAGAAGCCUGGGACCGCCUGCUCAUCACCAGCUCUGAGCAGCAGCAUGUGGACCUGUUCCCCCAUGAGCAGCUCGUGUACCUCACUGCAGACUCCCGAAAUGUUCUCCGUAAGUAUGACCACUCCAAGGUCUACAUCAUCGGCGCUCUAGUUGACCGGACGAUCCAGUCGGGCUUGUCGUUGGCCAACGCCAAGCGCCUGAAUCUUGCUACAGCCCGUUUACCACUGGAUGAGUACCUCCAUUGGGAGACAGGAGCCAAAACUCUGACUCUGGACCAGAUGAUCCGCAUCAUGCUCACUAUGAAGGACACGGGGAAAUGGGAGGAGGCGUUUAAGUUUGUGCCUCAGAGGAAGUAUGAUGGCUUCCAUAAACAAGAGACACAGCAAGAGAAUAACAGAGCCAGGGGGUUCACGGAUCACAGGCAGAAACAGAACAGUGUCAAGCCAUUACGGUUUGGAGAAAGAAACAGUGAGAGCAGGUUUAAAAAUGAGGGACAAAGUCUUCACAGGCCCAACAAAGAAUCUAGGUUCACAAACCAGCCAGCUGGGACCAGAGUACGGACAUCAUUUAAGAGCAACAUGGAGGGAAGAAGAGGUGCAGGCAAAGGCAAGAUGUGGUGGGACAACGAGUGAAGCCAACAACAACUGUAACUUGGGACAAUAAGGAAAUGUCUGUGUACAAGUGCUCGCUGAGGAAAUGUCAAAAACUGAGGCAAGUGGUGAAUAAAAUUUUGUAAUGAGUCG